UUCUGCUCCGCACUCCAGCGGGAGCGGAGUCGGCAGGAAAAGAAUUUGUGAAAAAAGAGUCAUAGAGUGUGUUGGAAUUUGUGACUGAUGUGGGGAGGUUCCCACAGGGAUCUGUCGCCAGCCAUCACCUGUAACAACAACAAGCAAUCAGGUGGUCCAAGUGCUCGAGUCCUCCUUGAGUCCCCUAGUCUUGAGGUGCUGGUUGAUUUUCCAUGUGGAAUGGUGAACACUCAUUAGACUUGCCCGUGCUUGUGCUGGAACAUGGACUGUUGAGGUGUCAUCAUACAAGACCGACCGUCCCCACCUCUCUGCAGAAUCUGAGAAAAAGGAUCUUGAGGCUGCUGUCUAGGACAACUCCCGUGUCUAACUCCAAAAGCCAAGAUGCCAGAAACAGCAGAAGCUUUGUCAGCCACUCUCACCACCAACAGAAACUGCGCCAUAGAAAUAACCAACGUCAGCGGGAGCUUCUGCCUCAUCAACCCCAAGGUUUACAUGACAAGUGGCUUCUGUCAACACCCUCCCCAGCCUACGAUUCGUACCUCCAAGACCGAAGUGUGCUCCUUCACCAAGGACGACCACACCGCCACGGGCUCUGUCGGCCUGCUGACCUACGACCUGUUCCACAUGCAGAGCAGGGUGUGCUCCGAUCGCAUUGCCGUCAUGUUUUCUGUGCCCUUCGACCAAAACCUGUACAAGAACCUGCUGGCCGUGGGCGUGGUUGAGCAAUCCCGUGCCUGCGACGAACAUCUGUACGGCCAGAUGUAUGAUGGGAAAGACCUCAGUAACUUUGUCCGCUCUGAGGCAAACGGCUCUGGGCUGCAGUAUAAAGCCACAUAUGUUGAUUUGAGGGCUACAAUGUCUAGUAAUGGCAAAGCCAUUGUUAAAGUGGAGCUUUAUGAUAAAAUGGGUCAUUAGUGUUGAAAAGUGUUGCUCUGCCUCUGUACUUUGUUGCUUUUGUACCCAACUGAAUAAAUAAACCAUUCAAAAUCAUUUGAUUUGACUACUGAUGCAUGUUGUCAUCCAGAGACAUCCAGAGGAGAGGAAGACUGAUUUUGCUGUCAUCUGUAUUUUGUGUCCGCUGAAAGAUAUCAAUAUCUGACAGCCAGCUCAUUGAUUCUCCAUUAGCUUAUUUUGGGGGCUUGUGUAUAUUCUGCACUCCCUUUUCCUUUGAUUAUGGCAAUAAAAUAUUCAGACCCAA